AGUGGAGCUGGAAGAAGUGAAUUCCAAGGAGGCUCCGGAGAUGCCGAUCCCCAAAGGCAUGCUGCUCUGUCUGGGCAUAGUGCUGAUGACUGCUGGGGGGUCCUGGUCCUGUGCGUGGGCCUGCCCUAUCAGUCUUCCCCACUGUUUAUACUCGGGGUGUUCGUGGGUCUGGGGGGCGUCGGCCUGUUGGUCACUGGACUCUGCAUGGCCAUGAAGAAUCUCCAAGUGGCAGUGCCCGGACACUUCCUAUUGCACCCUCGCACAGGAACACGAUUCAGCCCACAGCAGGCCGUGGCCAUACAGAGGAGGUUGGACCGAAUUCGCCGGGAGAUGUCAGCGGACUCUGUCAGCCAGAGACCAGAGCCUGAACCCUCCCUCCCAUCCACCCCGCCACCCUGGACCAUGGAGCCGCCUCCAUCUUAUGACGCGGUGAUGAAAAGCCAGGAGCACAGCGAUCAGCUUUAACCUUUUGUUGGACAUCUGUACUUAGUGUCAGCACCUUUUGUCUUUGGUUCUCAGCGAGAACCUUUUGGUGCUAUCGGUGUACUCGCUGCAACAGGCUUUUGUGCCUUAAGACAGCCACCCUGAUCCCUAACACAAGCCAAGGAGUAAGAAGAGCCUGCAGCUGGUUUGAGACUUACAGACUGAGCCCCAGUGUGGCCUCCAUGUCUACUACAUGAAUACUGUUGUGAUUGAUUUUGAAAGGAAUUGAAAUGAUCACUACAACUACUUCACUCUACACUAAGGGCCUUUCUUGAGACCAGCAUUAUGAAACUUUUACAACAAACUUAAGGGAUCAUGUCAACAGAUUGGCUGCAAGCCUCCUGUAGGCACCUAAUUAGGAUAUUGUAUUGGCCUGCUUGAAUUUAUGUGACCUACUACUGUGGCUGCACAGCACUCUUCUUCAAACACGAUAAGAGCUUUGCUCACGGCUCCUCUUUGUAUCUGCACUCUUUCUUGUCAUAACUUUGCACGAGACUCAUUGACAGCUUACUCCAAUGCAAAGUGCCUUAACUAGUGACAGCAGAAUGUUAACAGCACAGUGUUAUUCAUCUUUCAGCUUUGAGUCCUGUGUUUGUACAUUGUCCACUGUUGGUACUGUGUUGUGAUGUUACUAUAAACUUGAGUCAAUGAUUA